AUGGCAUUGGUUGCGUGUAUAUCUGGAUGGAAACAUUUGAAACAAGUAGUUGUUGUUGAUGGGACUCACCUGACUGGUAAGUAUAAGUGUUGUCUAUUAACGGCCAGUGGACAAGAUUCUAAUUACCAGGUUUUUCCAAUAGCGUUCGCCGUUGUCGAUGCAGAGUCUGACCAGACAUGGAGGUGGUUCUUUGAGAAGUUGGUAGACAUUAUUCCAGAUUCCUCUGAUCUUACUAUUAUCUCAGAUAGGCACGGUGGAAUUGCCAAAGCUAAAAAGAAAAGGUAUCCACAGUCACACCACGGUGCAUGUCUUGCCCAUAUCCAGAGAAAUGUUCACGGUAAAUACAAAGGUUCCGGUCAGAAAGGGUUGGUCGGAAAGGCUGGAGAAGCGUUCACAGUUUCUAAUUUCAAGAAACUAUACGCAAGGCUGAAGGAUGUUGAUUAUCGUUGUUGGGAGUACAUGGAAAAAAUCCCUCUUGCGCUGUGGACUAGAUCACACUUUUCUGGUCAGAGGUAUAAUAUGACCUCCAGUAACAUUGCGGAGUCUCUGAACAAUGCACUAUUCGCAGCAAGAGACAGUCCAAUCGUUGCAAUGCUAGAAUUUAUCAGGCGAAUGUUAAGUAGGUGGCUUGAAUGCAGAAGAGAGAAAAUUCAAAAGAUGGAUGGUGACAUUCCAGAAGAAGUUGACAAGUUAAUGAACCUGCAGCUUGAAAAAUCUGCUGCACUAUCGGUUCAAGGCAUUUCUUUGUGGGAGGUUGAAGUGAGUUCUGAGUUCGGUGUACGGCGGCAUGUUGAUCUCCUAAAAAAACAUGCUCAUGUCUAG